AUAAAGGCUGAAGAGUUCAGACCUGAAUGAAUAAUAGCAAAAUUAGACUUCCGUGACAUAAAUUGAAAAAUAUACUAAGUCCAAUCUAAUUUCAUUAAUUUAUUGAAAUCAAUCUGAUAUAUAAGAAUUAUCCUCAAACAACCAAAUACACAAACUAAAUCAAAACAAAAUGGAAAAAAUGUACAUGUCAGUUAGGAAUGAAGACUAGUCGAUUAAUUAAAAUGGCAGCGUCCUGUGACCUGGCAACAGCAGCAGCUAGUGGCGAUUUGAACCUUGUGAAGAGAUUGGUGAAUGAAGGUGCAGACGUAAAUCGCAAGUCACAAGAUGGAUUCACGCCGCUCUGCAAUGCAGCCUUCUGGGGGUACAGUCAUAUAGCAGAGUAUCUCAUACAACACAGAGCUGAUGUCAACUUGAGCAACGGAGGUACGCUGUGGACCCCUUGUCACUGUGCCGCUUUCCAGGGACAUGGCAAAGUUUUAAUGAAACUCCUGGAGGCCAAGCCUAACCUUAGCUUACAAGACAAUAGGGGAAGAACAGCCGCUGAUUUUGCUUCAGCGAUGGAGGCCAUUUGGCCCUUUUUUGCGACAGAAGGAUGCAAGAGAACAUCGAAGUCUGAACUGGUCAGACUAGACAUUGUCAAAAAGGUAAAGGAUUAUGACCCGGCCACGCCUUCAUCAGACUACGCCCAUUUCUCGAGACCCGGAUCAGCUUACGUCAUGAAGUCACAACCCAUGAGAGGGGAUGCAAAUAUAGACUACAAGAGGAAAAUGGCUGAGGGUGGAGACGUGCUUUCCAUUGAGGAAGAAGGCCAGGAAACAUCAUCAAACAACUCAAACCCUUCAUUCAAUAUCUGGAGAAGAUGAUAGCCAUUAUGCUCCAUAGUUCCUGUCUUUCUGGGGGUGUUUCACAAAGAUCCUAAGUUGAACUUAUCUCUAAAUUGGACUUAACAAUUAUGGAAAGCCAUUA